CAUGAUGACAAGUAUUCACCACGCUGCAUAAUGAAUAAUGAUGAUAUGAAAUAAUAAUAAUAGGACUACUAUUAAUAAGAAUAAUGUUAACCGCACAUUACUGUGAAACAACACUAGCCAUAGUCCUUGGUACGAUUGAGCAACGUAUUCUGGAAGACAUUGCCAUGACGGUGUUGUAAGGUGGUAGUGAGGGAGCAAGGGAGGGAAAGAAGUGCAAGGGACAACCACAGCAGUUGUGCGGCGCUGCCCAGCUGGCCACGCUGGCGUGGGGUGAUCCCUGCCGUCCUGUGUCCACUGCUUGUCCUUGACGCCAUAGAGAGUCGUAGACGCCUCACAGCGGCGCCGCACAUCAUUGCAGGUUUUAUGACGACCGUUCAUUAUGGGUCGCGAGUGAGCGCCGCAGCUCAGCGUGUGGCGUUUGAUGCCCCGGAGCGUGGCAAGGGACAAGGGUUUGCGCCUCGCUACUGUUGUCACCACCAUGCCACCACGAGUACUGUGUGAGGGUCGCAGUAAAGGAUCCCAGCAAUCACUGCUGCUGAUAACUUACUCAGAUAAGGAGAAAGCUGGCGCACAGUAGCUGCUUAUUUCUCCACGUACUAGUUUUGCUGCACAAAUAAGUACAAGUUACACUCUUUGACGGCAGAACAUUCACUGGUGAAAGUCGUCCACGUCAGUUGUGUUGACGUAGGUCAUGAUGGAGAGAGGCGGUCAGGGCCCUGCACUUGGUUGAUACUCCCUGGUUCAUGUGCCAGUCUGACCUGCCGCUGGCUAAUUCGCAAAAUAUAAAAUUAUACGCGUUGUUUGCUUUGUAGGCGGAAGAGAGUGGCUCGGGUCGUCAGGCAGCGGGAAUAGGGGAGGAACGUGGAUUGGGCUAGAUUGGGCACAGCCCAAUCUAGCCUGCUGGCCUGCUGGCCCUGCUGGGGCAACUCAGUGUUGCGCGCGGCGCUGAAGGUUAAGGUAGUGUGUGGGUGUUUCGAUCGCGAGGCUUUUCACCCCGUGACAGACUGGGGACCGGCGAGGGGCGUGGCGGGACGGCAUCACUCCACCCAACUGUGAUUACUGCGACGCUCACCCACAGUAGGAAGUGGCGGGCGUAGAGGAAGCACGGGGAGUGAUGGCAGCCAGCAGUAAAAACCCAGAGGGAGGGGCAGGCGUGGACGACCCCUUGACGGCGGAGAUGCGGGAGGCGUGCGGGGUGAUCGGAUGUGUGCUGGCCCGCAGCACCCCAGACGGCGUGGUGAACGUGGCUAGGAUGAUCUACCUCGGACUGGUGGCCCUUCAGCACAGAGGCCAAGAGAGUGCGGGCAUCGUGACCAGCGAGGGGCCUGCCAGCACGCACUUCAACAUCAGAAGGGGGGACGGCCUGGUGGCGGCGAUCUUCACGGACGAGAAGCUCAACAAACUCAAAGGUGACAUGGGCCUGGGACACACUCGCUACUCCACAGCCGGCGGGCGGGACCCCACCAACACGCAGCCCUUCAUGGUGCACACUCGCCACGGGCCCCUCGCCACUGCCCACAACGGAGAGCUCAUCAACGCCAUGGCUCUCAGGAAAGCGAUCAUGGACCGCGGCGUCGGGCUCUCCACGCUGUCAGACUCCGAGCUCAUAACGCAAAUGCUGUCCCAGGCUCCCCCCGUGGCGAAAAAAGCCAAACCGGACUGGGGCGCGCGCAUACGACACCUGAUUGAGGCCACGCCCACCGCCUACUCCCUCGUCGUGAUGCAGGAGGAUAAGAUCUACGGCGUGCGUGACCCCUUCGGCAACCGCCCCCUCUGCAUCGGCCGCCUCAUGCCCCUCGGGACGGCGAACGACGAUGAACAACGCAAGCCUCUGGGAUGGGUGUUCAGCUCCGAGUCCUGCGCCUUCCAGUCCAUGGGGGCGACGCUCAUGAGAGAGGUGUACCCAGGGGAAAUAGUGGAGCUGAGUCCUGACGGUGUGCGCUCCUUGGAUAUUGUGCCCCGGCCCAAGCGCACCGCCCCGCACAGCAACGCCCACGGGGACCCAGACGACAUAGACCACGAGACCAUCUUGCUGGGACCCCCGCCCGCCUUCUGCAUCUUCGAGUACGUCUACUUCGCCAGAGCUGACUCCGUGUUUGAAGGUCAGCAGGUGUACAGCGUGCGUCAGCGGUGUGGUCGCCAGCUAGCCAUCGAGUCACCAGUGGACGCAGACAUCAUCUCCACUGUGCCUGAGUCGGCCACCCCUGCGGCCCUCGGCUUCUCUCUCGAGUCUGGCAUUCCGUACAUCGAGGUGCUGUGCAAGAACCGCUACGUGGGGCGAAGCUUCAUUCAGCCCGACACACGCUCCCGAAAACUGGCCGUGGCUAAGAAGUUUGGUGCGCUGUCCGAGAACUUGAUGGGACGACGUGUGGUGCUGGUGGAUGACUCCAUCGUGCGGGGAACAACUGUGGGCCCCAUCAUCCAGCUACUGCGGCAAGCUGGGGCAAAGGAGGUACACAUCCGUGUGGCCUCCCCCCCUCUCAAGCAUCCCUGUUACAUGGGCAUCAAUAUUCCCACGCGGGGAGAACUCUUGGCCAACCAAAAGCCCCUUGAGGAACUGGCCAGCCACGUGGGUGCUGAUAGCCUGGCCUACCUGAGCAUCGAAGGGUUAAGGAAGGCAGUGCGUCAAGGCAUCGUCCUAAAGAACAACAUUCCCACUGGCCACUGCACUGCCUGCCUGGAUGGUAACUACCCUGUAAAUCUUGAGUGGUAGUCCAAGACCGUCUAAGAUUCUUUCAAGACACAUUCACUAAUGGAACAUUGUAUGGAGCAUUGUUUUGCCAGCCCAUCCUCUGACAGCCAUACUAAGAGGAAUACUCGCUCCACAAAAGAAUCCCACCAUUUCCUCUGUUCAAGUACUUAGUGUUUAUGUGGGAUUUUUUUAAGUAACAAUUCUUUUGUCCUAAGAUGGAAUUUUUAUGAUCUAUAAAUUGUUCUUCCAACAACAAGCUUACAGGGAAAAAAACUUUUCCCUGCAUAAGACAUUUUUUUUUUUUUUUUUAUCAUCUGGUCUUAUUAUGGUUAAUUGUUUGGCUAGUCUUUUGAGCACCUGCAUUCAAAGUCUGGUUUUGAGCACACAAAUGCUUGUUAUGAUAUAAACAUGACAGAGAGAAGAAACUAGUCUUAAUACUUUCUUUGUCAGAGAUGUGGCCAUGAAAGUUGCUAGCUUUUCCUAAGCUGUGCAUCAUUCUUGCAUAAUUAGAUUUUGCCUCCCUCUAGGGGCUUUAUUAUCCAUGUGUCUGAAUGGACACUGUCACUUCUCUAUCUUGCAAACUCUCUAACUAAUAAUAACAACUAAUAAUAACAAUAAUGAGAUAUUUGCAUUAGAAUCAAGUAAAUACAUAUUACACUCACAUUUUUCAUAUUCAUGUAUGUAAGUGAUGGAUUUUCACUUCAUUUGUUUUAGCAAUCUAUGUAUAUUAUAAGGUUAAUGACAGAAGAGUGAGAUGCAAGAUUAUAUAUAUAUAUAUAUAUAUAUAUAUUAAUGUCAAAUAUGAUACAACAUAUCUGAUCUUUGGUAAUAGUAUAUAUGAUUUAUACAUCCUUUCUUACAAAACAAUAUAUACAUACUCGUAGAUAUUUAACAUCAACUUAUCAUUGGUAUAUAAAUAAAAGCAACAAUUCU